GUUGUUUAAUGCCUGCUGUGACGACGGGGGGUUGAUUUUCUGCUUAUACUUUUGUGCGAUUUUGGGGGGUGUUUUGCGGGUUCCGAGGCUCACACCACGCGGGGAUGAAGUAACUUUUGGGGUAGUUUCCAGCAUUUUCCUGAAGGCGCCGCGGUUUCCGCGUUUUGGAUGGAUUUCCUGUCCUUUUUCUCGCAUUUACCAAAUCUCAGCAGGGGAGGUUGAGAUGUGGAAGUACGAACGCUGAUUCUCCCUUCCGCUGUUGCUUUAUUGGGAUUUUAUUUGCGCGUCUCGCGGCUUUGAUUUUCCGUGAUAUUCUCUUCUGGGGUUUACGGGGACGAGGGUAAUCGUUUCCAGUAGGCGUGGAUUGGCUCAUCUGAUUUCAUUGAUGCGCUCUCUGUUUGCGCGAAGGCAUCUCUAAGGCCAACCGCCAACGAGUUGGUUCCGUUCCUGAUCCUGUCUCUUAAGUCGGAUGUUACGAGGGCAAUAGAGAUUGAAAUGAAGACCCUGAUAGUGUGUUCGUGAUUCGGUUGUUGUUGCUGUCAGAUAUACGGGGUUACAAAAUGACUGAUCAGGAGAGAGAUGAUGUUCCUAUGUUGCUAAGAAAUGUUGAGCUUCCAAGAUUUCCUCUAAGAAGUACUUCACUGUGUAUACCAGUCAGGGAUGAUGAAUAUGAAGAAGACACCUUUGUUCCCCAUACUGGUCCUCUAUUCAUUCAGCCACCAACUCAGACGACAUCGGGCAUUCCAUUUACAAGUAGAGACACACCAGAUAGGCUGCCUAGACCUUCACAGGGAAAACCAGUCAGCAAGCCACAUGCCAUCAUGCCAGAAGAAACUGGAGGAAAUAGGUGGUCUUACAGUGGACAAGUUCCAAAGAAUGAGCACUUACUGAUGUCUGGACCUUUGGGGCAAUGUGACAAUCCUGAUUGUGUCAAUUGCCCUCCUGCUUGUAAAAACAAAAGACAUUUCCACAGAGGCUCGAAUGCUUUAGACAAUAAGCUUCAUAAUACUAUUUCUGGUCAUGUUGGUGGAUGGAAGAAAAAGAUCGAGAAGAUCCUGUCAAACAUUCCAAUUAUGAACCCACAUGCAAAAGUUGUUCAGCAGUGGAAUCAAUUCUUUGUGAUAUCAUGCCUGAUUGCCAUUUUCAUCGAUCCACUGUUCUUCUUCCUAUUAUCAGUAGAGCAGGAUAAUAAAUGCAUAGUUUUAAACGGGAAUUUUGCUACGGCACUUGCGGCUGUAAGAAGUGUGACCGAUGCUAUUUAUUUCUUGCACAUGCUGCUUCAGUUCAGAUUGGCUUAUGUUGCCCCCGAGUCACGAGUGGUGGGAGCUGGAGAUUUGGUUGACGAGCCAAAGAAAGUUGCUGUCCAUUAUCUUCGUGGUUACUUUUUACUUGAUUUUUUCGUUGUGCUUCCACUCCCUCAGGUGAUGAUACUGCUAGUUAUCCCUAAAUAUGUUGGGUUAUCAAGUGCAAACUAUGCUAAAAAUUUAUUGCGUGCCACUGUUCUUCUUCAAUAUGUGCCCCGUAUCAUCAGAUUUGUACCACUACUUGAUGGUCAGUCUGCCAAUGGAUUCAUAUUCGAGUCAGCGUGGGCUAAUUUUGUGAUCAACCUUCUAAUGUUUGUUUUGGCGGGACAUGUUGUUGGUUCAUGUUGGUAUCUCUUUGGCUUACAGAGGGUUAACCAAUGUCUACGAGAUGCUUGCUCUGCAUCGACCAUUCCUUAUUGUGAUACUUUUAUAGACUGUGGACGUGGCAUUGGGAGUGGACUGUACAGACAGCAGUGGUUCAAUGACUCGGGUGCAGCAGCUUGUUUUAACACUGGAAAUGAUGCUACUUUCCAGUAUGGAAUUUAUGGGCAAGCUGUUUUGCUAACUACAGAAGGCAGUGCUGUUAAACGGUAUAUAUAUUCAUUAUUUUGGGGGUUUCAGCAAAUAAGUACCUUAGCUGGCAACCUUGUCCCAAGUUAUUUUGCAUGGGAAGUUCUGUUCACAAUGGCUAUUAUUGGUUUGGGACUGUUGCUUUUCGCAUUACUUAUCGGAAACAUGCAAAACUUUCUCCAAGCUCUUGGAAGACGGAGAUUGGAAAUGCAACUUAGGCGCCGUGAUGUUGAAAAGUGGAUGAGCCAUAGGCGGUUGCCUGAAGAUUUGAGAAGGAGGGUUAGACGAGCAGAAAGGUUCACCUGGGCAGCUACUCAAGGAGUGAACGAAGAGGAGCUUUUGAGUAAUUUACCUGAAGAUAUCCAGAGGGACAUACGUCGUCAUUUCUUUAGAUUCCUUAAUAAGGUCCGGUUGUUCACCUUGAUGGAUUGGCCUAUCUUAGAUGCUAUCUGUGACAAAUUAAGACAAAACUUAUAUAUUAGUGGAAGUGACAUUCUUUAUCAAGGUGGUACUGUUGACAAGAUGGUCUUCAUAGUGAGAGGUAAGCUGGAAAGCGUCAGUGCAGAUGGAAGCAAGGCCCAGUUACAUGAUGGAGAUGUUUGUGGAGAGGAGCUCCUCACAUGGUACUUGGAACACUCAUCGGUGAAUAGAGAUAGUGCGAAAAUCAAAUUCCAUGGCAUGCGGUUGGUUGCUAUACGUACAGUAAGAUGUUCAACAAACGUUGAAGCUUUUGUACUCAGAGCAAGUGAUCUUGAAGAAGUCACCUUGCAAUUUGCACGAUUUUUGCGUAAUCCACGAGUGCAGGGAGCAAUCAGGUAUGAAUCCCCCUACUGGCGAACCAUUGCUGCAACUCGUAUUCAGGUUGCAUGGAGGUACCGGAAAAGGCGACUGAAGCGAGCUGAGCAGUCAAGGCUGAACGAGGAGUCUUACCCCUCGUAUCCGAUCACGGCGCAUGAUUCAUUUCCACGCGGACAGUGGGGAUGAUCUUUACCUCGCUAGGCGCUAACUUUUCAGUGCUCUGCAUCUACAGCUUCUAGAGCCCUGAAAUUGAGUCUGUCCACUUGGUGGAGUGACACAUGGGGCUACUAUUUUUGGCUUUGGUGCUCUCUCAUAUUAUAGCUUCGUACUGUAGGCACUUCAUAGGAUGUAGAACUUUGCUCCUGUAUAUAAUGAGAACAGUUCUUUCGUGCAUAAUUGUUUCGUUGAUGGCAUGAAA